AGCGGCCAUGUCACGGCCAGGCCAGGGCAUCAUGAUGCCCGGGAACGGGCUGGGCUUCCCACCGCAGAAUGUGGCCCGGGUGGUGGUGUGGGAGUGGCUGAAUGAGCACAGCCGCUGGCGGCCCUACACGGCCACUGUAUGCCACCACAUCGAGAACGUGCUCAAGGAGGACGCCCGUGGUUCUGUGGUCCUGGGGCAGGUGGACGCCCAGCUGGUGCCCUACAUCAUCGACCUGCAGUCCAUGCACCAGUUUCGCCAGGACACAGGCACCAUGCGGCCAGUGCGGCGCAACUUCUACGACCCGUCGUCGGCGCCGGGCAAGGGCAUCGUGUGGGAGUGGGAGAACGACGGCGGCGCGUGGACGGCCUACGACAUGGACAUCUGCAUCACCAUCCAGAACGCCUACGAGAAGCAGCACCCGUGGCUCGACCUCUCGUCGCUGGGCUUCUGCUACCUCAUCUACUUCAACAGCAUGUCGCAGAUGAACCGCCAGACGCGCCGGCGCCGCCGCCUGCGCCGCCGCCUGGACCUCGCCUACCCGCUCACCGUCGGCUCCAUCCCCAAGUCGCAGUCGUGGCCCGUGGGCGCCAGCUUGGGCCAGCCCUGCUCGUGCCAGCAGUGCCUGCUGGUCAACAGCACGCGCGCCGCCUCCAAUGCCAUCCUGGCCUCGCAGCGCCGCAAGGCGCCCCCCGCGCCCCCGCCGCCGCCACCGCCACCGCCCGGAGGGCCACCCGGCGCGCUCGCCGUGCGCCCCAGCGCCACCUUCGCCGCCCCGCGGAGCCCGAGCGCCCCCGGCGGCGCGCCCACCCCGGGGCAGAACAAUCUCAACCGGCCCGGGCCCCAGCGCGCCACCAGCGUGAGCGCACGCGCCUCCAUCCCGCCGGGGGUCCCGGCGCUCCCGGUGAAGAACUUGAAUGGAACUGGGCCGGUCCACCCGGCCCUGGCAGGGAUGACCGGCAUCCUGCUGUGUGCUGCCGGCCUGCCCGUGUGCCUGACGCGGGCCCCCAAGCCCAUCCUGCACCCGCCGCCCGUGAGCAAGAGCGACGUCAAGCCCGUGCCCGGCGUGCCCGGGGUGUGCCGCAAGACCAAGAAGCAUCUCAAGAGGAGUAAGAACCCUGAGGAUGUGGUUCGGCGAUACAUGCAGAAGGUGAAGAACCCGCCCGAUGAGGACUGCACCAUCUGCAUGGAGCGCCUGGUCACAGCUUCCGGCUACGAGGGCGUGCUCCGGCACAAGGGCGUGCGGCCCGAGCUGGUUGGCCGCCUGGGCCGCUGUGGCCACAUGUACCACCUGCUGUGCCUCGUGGCCAUGUACUCCAACGGCAACAAGGAUGGCAGCCUGCAGUGCCCCACCUGCAAGGCCAUCUACGGGGAGAAGACGGGCACUCAGCCGCCCGGGAAGAUGGAGUUCCACGUCAUCCCCCACUCAUUGCCCGGCUUCGCCGACACGCAGACCAUCCGCAUCGUCUAUGACAUCCCCACAGGCAUCCAGGGCCCUGAGCACCCCAACCCAGGCAAGAAGUUCACGGCAAGAGGCUUCCCACGCCACUGCUAUCUGCCCAACAACGAGAAGGGCCGGAAGGUGCUGCGGCUGCUCAUCACGGCUUGGGAGCGGAGGCUCAUCUUCACCAUCGGCACGUCCAACACCACGGGCGAGUCGGACACUGUGGUGUGGAACGAGAUCCACCACAAAACCGAGUUUGGAUCCAAUCUCACGGGCCACGGCUACCCGGACGCUAGCUACCUAGACAACGUGCUGGCCGAGCUCACAGCCCAGGGUGUGUCGGAGGCCACCGCCAAGGCCUGAGGCCGCCCACCUUCCCUCCUGCUUUGUCCAGCGUACGCCUCCCUCCGCCGGGUGUGUCCUGGCGGCGCAGGGUCAGGGCUGGGGAGGAGUCUGCGGAAGGAGCCAGAAGCAUUCCCAGGAUUUGGCUGGUACCAGUUGGCAUGAUGGGAGGAUGGCAGGCCGGCCGGCUCCGACCCCUAGCUCCCUGAGAGGGUGGCACAGAGGGGACUGGAAACCACGGCGCCCUCCCUCCCCCUCACACAAACACACGUGUCCUGUUGAACACAUGCACGCACACCCACGUGCCUCUACUUACCCCCACACUGGGGGAAGAGACAGGAAGACCCCUGUGAUACUCUGCGCGGAUCGCGUCUGUGCCCCUGUCGCAGCUGCACAGGCUCGUCUGCAGCAGCAGGAUUCAGGUCACGCACUCAGGGGCCUGCUGGGGCUCCCGGGGGGGAAGGGGCACUGGGGACGCUCAGCCUACCCCAUCUCUGUCACCCAUCCCUGACAGCCACCAGUGGGCAGUGGUAGGCCCAUGGGGUGGACACCUCCAGAUGAUUGAGCAGUUUUGCAAAGGGGCAGGCCCGAGAGAGGGGGCCUAGAGGUAUCUUAUUUUGUGCUUGUGUCUCUUCAUCCUUCUGGGACCCUGACCUCCUCCUCGCUUCCCAUCCCCUCGCCUUCUGUCCGUCCCAGACAAAGGCCCUGUGCUCCUUUCCUCCCGCUCCAUUCCCGCCACCAAAUCGCUUCCAACAUCGAGACCCAAAGGCUGGAGCUUCUGGCUUCAGGAGCGAACGAGGAGGCCUGGCUUAGGCCGGCAGGUCCAGACAGCAGCUCGGACAGCAAACAGUCCAUUUUCCGUUCCUUGGGAUUGGGCAGUGGAUGUGGUCUCGGCCAACCAGGGGCCUGUUGCCCAGGCAACGCACCAGCUCCGCCUCUGUUGAUUGGCUGCCGCGGUGGACGACAGCCAAGGCUUAAGGGGACGCCAGCGAUUGCUCUUUUGAAAACCUACCAAUCCCACUGUGG